UAAACGACUUCCUUCAAUUUUGGCCAGAACCUUCCCGGCCACCACCUGUCCAUCCACCAGAAUCACACCUCUCUCUCUCUCAACGGGGUGUGCUUUCCAUUUCUUGAAUGUCAGUCAACGAAGUCGACUAAUUUCAGAUAUGAAUUUAGAUAUCUCCGAGUUCCUUCAAAUCUUUUCUCCAAUCUCUCUUCAUCAUCAUCACAGUGAACCUCAAUAUGGACAUCCAAGGGUUUUUUGGAGCGAAUCUGAAGGAUGUGAAAAUAAUUCAUCUUCAGCUGAUCUUGCCACUACUCCCAUGAUUCAUGAAAUGAUCAAAUCUGCACUUUCUAAUACUAAACAUUACUGGUGCUUCUUCUUGGGUCAGUUCUGGGCACCUGUAACAAUAGACAGCAGACGGCUACUUUCAACUUCAGAUCAACCAUUUGCCGUCCGUCCUCUUUCCAACAACUUAGCCAUGUAUAGACUACGUUCUGAGAAGUAUAAAUAUAAUAUCGAUGCGAAUAAGCUUCACAUUGAACCCGACCACAUGAUCUUAAGUGGUGGACCCGCCACUGCUUUCUUCAAUUGUCGGACAUCUAUAGAUAAACCCCAGGAGUUUCUAUUGGAUCAGUUGAAUGAUGAAUUCAUAUCUGUUAUGGUUCCUGUUUGUUUACCUUUUCAAAGCAAUUGUAUCGGUGUUCUCCAAUUUACUUUAAGUUUGGACUUCUCACCCGAUCGAUUGGCGCAUUUUCUUUUUUACAUGGUUGAGGCAAUAAAGAAAGCAGGUCUGGAUGUGUUUUAUGUACAACAGCUUAUACCAUACCAGACUAUAAAUUGUCUACAAGUUACUAAGGACGAGAUUGAAGAAGCAUUAAAGGUUGUUUGUGAAUCACAUAACUUAGCUCUAGCUCAAGUUUGGAUCCCUUAUGAGCAUACAAAGGGAUUAUCAGCGAUCAAAUUGACUGGUCAUCUUUAUAAUGAAUAUUAUGAUUUUGAGCGAUACUUCAGAUUUGGUGAUGUAACGCCUCGUGCAAUCGGGGAGGAACUUCCUUUGGUGACACUUAAGGAUUAUGAAUCACGCUAUAUUUCUCUGCUUCAAUCUGAUAUGUACAUGAAUUGGGGUAGUGGCUUUUGUCCAUCUAGUGCUUUUGCAAUAUGCUUGAGGAGUAAUGACACUGGUGAUUUUAAUUACGCGUUUGAAUUCCUAUGGACCAAACAUGCAAGCUAUAUUAUCUUUUUGGAGGCCAUACUCUUAACAUUGAAAAGGUGUUUGCCCAGAUUCAAGUUUGCUUCUGGUGCAGAAAUAGGUGACGAAUUAGACGUUCACAACAAAGAUGAUCGAACUGAAUUCAAGAUUUUCCAACGAAAAAGAUCAGUGGUUGUGGACGACAUAGCACAUUCUGAGGUGAUAUGCAAGACAACUCCAAAAGUAUUACCUCGAGAAGUCAUUGAGAAACAAUUUGGAAAAACCAUGAAAGAAGCUGCAGAAAAUCUCAGUGUUUCUUUAUCUACGCUCAAACGCAAAUCCAAAGAACAUGGCAUCUCAGUGUGGCCAGGACCAAAACCUACGAAGAGAAACCGAAAUGAUUCGUCCGUUAUUCAAAUCAACACAAAUGAAGAAGAACAUGGAGCAAUUGAGGGCAUAUCAACUUUAAACCUGAACAAAGAUGUCCUGACCCUAAAAGCAGAGUAUUCAACAAAGAUUAUCAAAUUACAUCUCCCUAUCUCGCAAGCAACCUUUGUAGCUAUUGAGAAAGAAAUUGGUAUGAGGUUGAAGUUGAGUGUAGGGACUUUUGAGCUCGAGUACAUUGAUGAAGAUCAAGAUUGGAUAUCUUUAACAACUGAUGAAGAUAUGAAUGAUUGUAUUCAAAGUUCAAGAAAACGAAUGCGUGUGCUACCAUCUCCACAACCAAUAUCAGGUCCUAGUGGUUCCUUAGGAACCUUUUCUGUGUAACAUAUGUGUUUGUUUCCUUUAUUUCAUUAGGAACCUUUUUUAUUUAAUGAAUGUGUUUUCUUUAUCUCAAUACAAUUGCCAUCACUAUAAGAAACUGAUAUUUAAUCA